AUGUUAUUUAAGUCAUUAAUUUCUAGUGCCUUAAUGGCCACCAGUGCAUUGGUUUCGUCUGUUGUUGCAGAAGACUUGCCAGAAAUCGAAGUUGUUGGUAACAAAUUUUUCUACUCCAACAACGGAUCCCAAUUCUUCAUGAAGGGUGUUGCCUACCAACAAAACACUGCCAACUCAUCUGAUGUUUCUUUUGUCGAUCCUUUGGCCGAUGCUGAAGCAUGUAAGAGAGAUAUUCCAUACUUGGAAGAGUUACAGACCAACGUUAUCAGAGUGUACGCUUUGAAUGUUUCAUUAGACCACACCGAGUGUAUGUCCAUGUUACAAGAUGCAGGUAUUUAUGUCAUUGCAGAUUUAUCCCAACCAGAUGAAUCUAUUAACAGAAAGAGUCCAGAAUGGAAUCUUGAAUUAUUCGACAGAUACACCGGUGUUGUUGACUUGUUCCAAAACUAUACCAACGUUUUAGGUUUCUUUGCUGGUAACGAAGUUACCAACGACAAGACCAACACUGAUGCUUCCGCUUACGUCAAGGCUGCCGUCAGAGACACCAAGGCUUACAUUAAAGCUCAAAACUACAGAACUAUUCCAGUUGGUUACUCUGCUAACGAUGACUCCGAUAUCAGAGAUUCCUUAGCUGACUACUUUGCUUGUGGUAGCGAAGAAGAAAGAGCUGAUUUCUUUGGUAUUAACAUGUACGAAUGGUGUGGAUCAUCCAGUUUCAAGAAAUCUGGUUAUGAAUCAAUCACUAAGCAAUACAAGAACUUGGGUAUUCCAAUCUUCUUCUCCGAAUAUGGUUGUAACGAAGUUUCUCCAAGAAAGUUCGAAGAAGUUGGAACUAUUUACGGUGAUGAUAUGACUGAUGUCUGGUCUGGUGGUAUUGUUUACAUGUACUUCCAAGAAGAAAACGACUAUGGUUUAGUUUCUGUCUCUGGUAGCAGUGUUUCCACCUUGAAAGAUUUCUCUUACUUGAAAGCUGAAUUAGCUUCGAUUUCUCCAUCUGCCGCUCAAUCGUCUUCUAUCGGAUCUGCUUCCGUUACAUCUUGUCCAACUUCUACCUCGAACUGGUCUGCUGCUACCAAAUUGCCUCCAACUCCUGAUAAGGAAGCUUGUGACUGUAUGGCUGAAUCUCUUACCUGUGUCGUUGGUUCUGAUGUUGAUUCCGAUGAUUAUGAAGACUUAUUCGAUUACGUUUGCAGCAAGAUUGACUGUGAUGGUAUAAAUGGUAACGGUACCACUGGUGAAUACGGUGCGUACUCUCCAUGUUCUGACAAGCAAAAAUUGAACUUUGUCUUAAACUUGUACUACGAAGAAAACGGCUCUGCUAAGUCCGACUGUGACUUCCUGGGUUCUGCUACUACUCAAAAAGCUAAAACUGCUUCAUCUUGUUCUGCUUACUUGAAAUCAGCUGGUUCUUCUGGUGUCGGAACUAUUUCUGGUUCCAUUCAAACUACCAAACACACAGGUAUCACCAAGACUUCUAGUGGUUCUUCCAAAUCAACUUCAGGUUCAGGUUCAGGUUCAGGUUCUGAUUCUAGUUCCAGCUCAACCAGUACUGGUUCAUCUAGUGGUUCCCAUCAAAUCUCAUUAGGAUUAGCUACUAAGAGCUUAUUAGUAGGUGCUGUUUCCAUCUUUGGCUUCGGUUUAAUUUUCGCCUAA